CAGUCCAGGAGAGCGAGGCGGACACACAGUUGAAUUGCAGGAUUUCCUUGUCGUCUAAAACCUCUGUCAAGAUGUCAAACAAUGAGAAUGCAGCCACCCUCCGACAAAGCAAGUUCAAGAACAAGGGAAAGGACACCUCAGAAAUGAGGCGAAGGAGAAUCGAAGUCAAUGUGGAGUUACGGAAGGCAAAGAAGGAAGACCAACUACUGAAACGUAGGAAUGUCAGCUCCUUCCCAGAAGAGCCAACUUCUCCGCUCCAGGAGAAGAACCAAAAUGGACAAACAUCCACCCAGUGGAGUGUUGAGGAGAUCGUCAGAGGAGUCAAUAACCCAAGCCUGGAGAUCCAGUUACAGGCUACUCAAGCUGCAAGGAAGCUGCUUUCCCGUGAGAGAGAACCUCCCAUUGAUCGGAUAAUACAGGCUGGCCUGAUUCCGAAGCUGGUUUCUUUCCUAGGACAAAUUGACUGCAGUCCUAUCCAGUUUGAGGCCUCGUGGGCGCUAACAAACAUCGCGUCUGGAAACUCUGAUCAAACCAAAGCUGUGGUAGAUGGUGGGGCUAUUCCAGCCUUCAUUUUGUUGCUUUCGUCUCCUCAUCCUCAUAUCAGCGAGCAGGCUGUGUGGGCUCUGGGUAACAUUGCAGGUGACGGCUCAGCCUACAGAGAUCUGGUGAUCAAACAUGGUGCUAUUGAACCCCUACUGAAUUUGCUUGCUGUUCCUGACCUCUCUGCACUACCUACUGGCUACCUAAGGAAUAUCACCUGGACACUGUCUAACAUGUGCCGCAAUAAGAAUCCCGCCCCUCCAAUGGAAGCCAUUACACAGCUUUUGCCCACUCUAGUGCGACUGCUGCAUCAUGAUGACCGUGAAGUCCUAGCUGACACCUGCUGGGCAGUAUCUUACCUGACUGAUGGCUCCAAUGACCGUAUAGAUGUGGUGACACAAACUGGGGUGGUUCCUCGAAUUGUUCAUCUCUUGGGUUGUGGAGAGCUGACUAUAAUGACUCCUUGUCUGCGUACCAUUGGUAACAUUGUGACUGGGACAGAUGAACAGACACAGGCUGUCCUUGAUGCAGGUGCACUGACUGUCUUUCCAGUCCUACUCAGUCACCACAAGAACAACAUUCAGAAGGAGGCGGCUUGGACUCUAUCUAAUAUAACUGCUGGACGCCAAGAGCAGAUCCAGGAAGUGCUCAAUAAUGGGCUAUUGCCUUAUCUCGUGGAAAUCUUAAUGAAGGGUGACUACAAGACCCAGAAAGAAGCGGUGUGGGCUGUCACAAACUACACAAGUGGUGGUACUAUUGAUCAAAUAAUCCACCUGGUCCAGGCUGGCGUGAUUGGGCCCUUGUCGAACCUCCUGUCGGCAAAGGACAGCAAGACCGUACUCGUUGUGUUGGAUGCCUUCUCAAAUAUAUUUGCAGCUGCUGAGAAGCUUGGAGAGAUUGAGAAGCUCUGUCUGAUGGUGGAGGAGUGUGGUGGCCUUGACCGUAUCGAGGCUCUUCAGGCUCACGAGAACGAACAGGUCUACAAAGUCUCUGCUGGCCUUAUUGAGAAAUAUUUCUCUACAGAGGAGGAAGAAGACUCUUCUAUUGUCCCUGAAGCUACAGCUGAUGGUUACACCUUCCCGGUCCACGAAGGAACUCACACUACCUUUAAUUUCUAAGCACUGACAUUUUAUUUUUCUUCCUGUUUGUCUUUUUUCUAUGUGGAGUAGCACUUUCUCAGACUUGAAAUCUUCUCUAAUCCUGUACAUACUGUGAAUUCUUUACAUUUUUCUGUAAAGAAGUCCUUUUAGCUCACAAUGGGCUCAGGUCACCUGUUUUGGAAGACCACUUUCGUUCUGUGGUAGAUCUUGGGUGCUCUAACUUGUCACCACUAUGGCACACAGCAAUAAAAGAUUAGCCACAAUAGAGUACAAAAGACAACCCUUUGAAAUGUUGGGCACGUAUCUGGCUUUAAAAGUUGAUUUCCAACUCAUGGGUAUUGUCUUUGAUGGUGGCUGUAUCUUUAAUCUUACAAACCCUGGCUUCUAGUUUUUUUAUUUUUUCUGAAUUUAUUAAAUAAAGCUCUCCAGAGCACUGACAUACGUAGUAUCACAUUACAUGUGAUGCCGCAUGCUAGGCCUAUCUGUUAACAGUUAAUGCAAGCCAUAGCAUUUAUAUUCCCUACUGAUGGGAUCCCAGUUUACAUGUAGACAGGCAGUCUAUUUAAAUUUUGUCAAUAAAGCCUUUUCUAAAAUUAUCAAUUUGCUUCUCUUUAAUUCUUCUAAACUGUGAAAUAUGUGGGAAUAGAGCAAAUCUACAAUCUUGUUGCAUUCAAUGGAUCUUUAAUAUCCGUACUUGUCACUAUGGGGGAAUUAAAAAUUGGAGGGGUUUUGUGCCUCUUGAUCACACCAAAGAUUUUAAUGUCAAUGGAGGAUCUAAUUUUUGAUCUCAGUGUUCUAAAAUGGCUAAAGUAAUAUUAUACAGAGUAUUAUUUGGGUUAAAAUGCUUUACUCC